CCCAGGCGGGGCGCGGGGCAGGAAGUGAGCGAAGCGGCGGGGAGGCGGCGGGGAGCGAGCGGCGGGCGCAGCAACUGUGUGCCAGAAAUAUGGCUACGGACUGGCUCGGGAGCAUCGUGUCAAUUAAUUGUGGAGAAAGCUUGGGAGUCUAUCAAGGACGAGUGUCUGCUGUGGAUCAGGUCAGCCAGACCAUUUCCCUGACGCGGCCUUUCCAUAAUGGGGUCAAGUGCCUCGUGCCAGAAGUCACCUUCAGGGCAGGUGACAUUACUGAGCUGAAAAUUCUGGAGAUCCCAGGGCCAGGGGACAGCAGACAAUGUGGGGAUCUGCAGCAGACAGAAAUGGGCAUCCCCGGUGUUGGAUGCCAAGUGGGUCCCAGUCAGAAUGGCACUGGGAAAGUGUUAAAGAAGCCCAUCUCCAGCAGUGCCCCGCAGAAUAUCCCAAGGAGAACGGACAUGAAGAAUCAGGAUAUUAUCAUCUCUCCGCAGCAGCAGUGCUCCAAGAGCUACAUGGAUCGACAUGUGGAAACAUUGACUCAGUCCAAAGGCUUCCGUCGGAGACACAAUUCCUGGUCAUCCAGUAGCCGUCAUCCAAACCAAGUGACUCCAAAGAAGAGUGGCCUGAAAAACGGGCAAAUGAAGAGCAAAGAUGAUGAGUGCUUUGGGGAUGACAUUGACGAAAUCCCAGACACAGAUUUUGAUUUUGAAGGGAACCUGGCCCUUUUUGACAAGGCAGCUGUGUUUGAAGAGAUUGAAACCUAUGAGAGGAGGAGUGGCACUCGUUCCCGGGGGACCCCCAGUGAGAAACCAGCUCGCUAUCGGCACGACGAGAACAUCUUGGAAUCGGAGCCCAUAGUCUACAGAAGGAUUGUCGUACCCCAGAACGCUAACAAAGAAUUCUGCACGGACUCUGGGCUGGUCGUUCCAAGCGUGUCUUACGAGCUUCACAAAAAGCUGCUCUCGGUUGCUGAGAAGCACGGGCUGACUCUGGAGCGGAGGCUGGAGAUGACGGGAGUGUGCGCGAGUCAGAUGGCCCUGAGCCUCCUUGGGGGACCCAACAGGCUGAACCCGAAGAACGUGCAUCAGCGGCCCACGGUAGCCCUGCUGUGCGGCCCCCACGUGAAGGGGGCCCAGGGCAUCAGCUGCGGACGGCACCUCUCCAACCACGACGUCCACGUCAUCCUUUUCUUACCCAACUUUGUCAAGAUGCUGGAGUCCAUCACCAACGAGCUGAACCUUUUCAGCAAGACCCAAGGCCAGCAGGUGUCCAGCGUCAAAGAUCUCCCAGAUACCCCUGUUGACCUAGUGAUCAACUGCCUAGAUUGUCAUGAAAAUGCCUUUUUGAGAGAUCAGCCUUGGUACAAAGCAGUUGUGGACUGGGCCAACCAGAACCGGGCACCCGUCCUCAGCAUAGACCCUCCGAUCAGCGAAAUGGAGCAGGGCAUCGACGCCAAAUGGUCGCUGGCCUUGGGCCUGCCCCUGCCCCUGGGCGAGAGGGCAGGGCGCGUGUACCUCUGUGACAUUGGCAUUCCCCAGAAGGUCUUUCAGGAAGUGGGAAUAAACUACCACUCACCCUUUGGCUGCAAAUUCGUCAUCCCCCUGCACUCCACUUAGAGCCCGCCCAGCCACACGGCUCUGAAGUGAGAGAAGAGAGAAGGAGGAGGUCUGACAAAUAAGCUGUCCAGUGUGGAUCCUGACUAGUAAACUCGUGACGCCUUAAGGAUGUGAAGUUCUGGAGAGGUUUCCUUCCAGAAGAAAUGUUGUGUAUUUAAAAAAAAAAAAAAAAAAAAAAAAAAAAAGAAAAAAAAGAAGAAUCAUCCUAAAAUGAAACAAAAAAAAAAAAAAAGGAGGAAGCGAAUGUUCCUGCAAAGCUCUUUUCAUUCUCUCGUGCCAUUGUAUGGAGGAACACGCAGGAAGAUGGUGCCUGUCCCCGGCGAAGGUGGCCGCUGUUGCCCAGGCCCGGCCGGGAGGCUGUUCAACGAGGGGGUGUACAUGGAGGUGGUGCAAGUGGUGGGUGGUUUGGAGAUUUGAGGUGUCUUUCUGUCCUGCCGGGUGGAUAGACCCAGCAAGGGCGUCCCGGCGGGAGCAGCGCCCCUCGAUUGUGUAGAAAUACUUUCUGUUGCAGUUGUACCGGGAGGGAGGAUUUGGUUUCGUUCUGUUGUUCUUUUGACUCCCCGCUUCCCUGUUUUAUGUUCCUGAAAGCAGUUGUAGCUCGCUCUCCCUCCUGGACCCUCCAGCCCCUCGAGGAGAGCGUUCCCUCUUCAGAAAGCUUGUGUCAAGAGCCAGAAGCUCUCAGGUCACACGUUCUGGGAACACUGAUGUCCUCAGCUAAGCCUUACUUGCUUAUGUACUCUGUUGGCUUUUCAUUUGUUCACUUAGUGGGUGAAGCCCAGGUCUGUGAGAGUGAGAUGUAUUUUGGAAAAGAACUUUUCCAGGAUAGUCGUGCAUUUGUUUUUGUCGGGGUUUUUGGUUUUGUUGUUUUGUUUUGGUUUUUUUUUUUUUUUUUUCCUCCUUUUUGGCACAGGAAGUGCUGGAUCAGGGGAAGCGUAGCGAAGCAGGGCGGUGUCACUCGGAGUUAGCUGCGUGGUGUAUGGUGCAGGUGACGUUUGGGUAGGUUCCCCCAGUGCUUCCAGCAUCCCACACUUGGUGUGGUUUGGGAAGUAGGUGGUGGAUCCUUUCCUUCCCUUUGGGCUUGAAGCCUGUGUACAGGGUGGGCUUCUCUGUGCUUGUCCGCGUGCCGGGAACCAGCUUGAGGAAGGACUUGGGCCCUCGGCUCCCGCGGUCCUGUUCGCCGGCAGGAGAUGGCGUGGUGAGAGCUGCUGCCCCCCCGGAGGGGUACAGCCGGGGGUUUUUGUGUGAAUUACCGGGGGGGAUCUGCCCCGGGUUGCUCUGCUCACUGCUCUUGUGCUGCGCUCGCUUCCCACGCGCUGCCAGGAGGCGUCGGGUUGUCUUUUCCUGCGUUCGUUUUGUUGGUCCGAUGGAGCCUUGGUGCCGCGUCUAGAGCAGAGCCAAGCUGAGGGAAGCCGGGGUGCUGGCUCUCGGCGUGCUCUCCGCAAGCUUUGUGCCCGGUAGCUGAGCCAGGGAAGCGCUGGAGUGGUGCGGGAGGUGCUGUAAGGGCGAGCUGUUCUCUCAGAGGAACGGGGCAAGACGCAAGGCACAGGCCCGGCGCUCGGCUCCUUGCUUGCUCCCGCUGCCGCGAGUGUGGGCAGUGCUUGAAGCUCUGCUGCUCUUCUGGGACCUCACCCAGAGCUCCUGCAGGUACCUAAACCUUGCACAGACCCUGCUCCGGCACCUGGGAGAGCCGCAGAGCUCCAAAGGGUGCCUUUUCUGGCUCCCUUCUGAGGCUGAAGCGCGGGGACGCGUGGGAAUGGUCACCCGCUGCCGUAGCUGCUCCGUCACGGCGCUCGGCUGAGCCGCAAACCUAUCGACCCGCUUGUGCUCCCAGGGCUGAGGAUUCUACAGAUCAGGCACUCGCCUUUCCCGUUCAUCUGCUUAGAACAAAGACCAAGCGUAUCGGAGGAGGAGGGAAGAGACUUCCCUGCUGGAAAAGAAGCAGUUGAGUAAUUAAUAUUGCCCGGAAGCGUGGUGUGACAGGGCAAAGAGCCGGCCAGGAGGCUGGUGAGCACUGGGCUCACCCCCCGCCCCUGCCAAGCCGCCGGCCCCUUGCCGUUAUCUACCUCAGCAGGACGCGGGGCUCUGCCCCUGGCGCUGUCCGGGCCCCCGGCUCCCCUGAGCUGCUUUCCCCGCCGAGGGCUGGACGACUGACACACGGAGGGGCUGGGCUGGGCUGGGGGGGCUUGGCCAGGGCCGCGGCGGGUGUCGCUCUGCCCUCGAGAGGUUCCUCUCCCGGAGAAAGGGCAAAGCCGAAGCGCCCCUUCCCCGGGUGAACUGUGUUUCAGGUGGAACUGGAGUGGCGACGAAGAAGCUGGGGCUCUGACUCGGCCGCGCUGGGAAGGGAUGGCAGCGGGGCUGGGGGGUUAAAAUCCGCGCGCGAGGCGUCCCGCUGCCUUUCUUUGGGUGUUUCAGCUUCACCUGAUCGUGGGCCAGGCAGAGGAGCAGCGGUUGGGUUAAAAAGGUGGACAGCUGUCCUUGGGUUGUUGCUGUAGUAGUGUUAGCUUUAGUCCCCUUCUUUUCACUUUCCUUGCUCAAGACAUUCUCCAAGAGAGCUUGCUGUUUCAAUCUCUGCUUUCCUUGAACCAGGCUGCAGCCUUUCCUUGCCUCUUCUGGGUUUGGCUAUUAAACUGCAGUUUGUACGCACCGAGCAGUACCAGUGUAGAAAUACUCAAGGUUUCAUCACGGGGUCCUUUUCUGCCUCUAUGCUGCCGUGCCACUGGCAGAAGUUCCGUGCCCUGAAGGGCACUGAGCCACACGAAGAUGUUUUUGCAGGGAUCAGGUCUGCGCUUGCUGCCACCCGGCUCCUGGAAGCGCUACGGCCCCGUGCAGUGCCAGCUGCGCAGCAGUAAGGAUCCCCAUGUUGAAGCAAAAAAAAAAAAAAAAAAAAAUUGUGAGCAGCAUUGCCCAGCAGGAGGGUAGAAACCCUCACGUAAGGAAAGGGAUUCCCAAUCCCCACCAGUGCAGGGCGUUCAGGGCCCAGCAGGCAGCUUUGGGCUGUGUUUGGCCCCGUUAAGCAUUACAGUGUACUCACUUUUUCUGGAGAUGAGAGUAGAUUUGAAUAUUUGGCUGUACUUUCCCUCAGCUAUGAAGUUUUACUAGAGGAAGUACUGGCCUCGCCCACCUGAAAUGCAUCUUUUGUGCAGGUGUGAACUCUUCUGGAGCGCUCAGACCCAGAAAGGGACCUGGGUCCCUUCUUGUCCCCUUUCCCCCCAUGUUGCCAGAGUUAAUUCAAAGAUUGGAACACUUUUUUUUUUUUUUUUUUUUUUUUUAAGCUGUGUUUGAGAUGAUUAGAUAGUUUCUACCCACAACCUUAACCGCCGUUGUAGGAACUGCCCCCGAGUGCUGCUCUCUGGUCACUAACAUGUGAAGAUCACUGCACUAUGUCACUGCUUGAUAUUCCAUUCGUGACCUAAUAUUUGUAACGACUAAUUCCUGCUGAUACUGGGGGGGGGGGGGGAAUGCCCUGAAAUAAAGUGCAACUAUUCAUGUGUGCUA